AUGAUGUUGUCUCGUCGCGCGUGCUACAAGUGUGGCACUAUUGGCCACUAUGCCGAGGUCUGCACUUCAACUGAGCGUCUCUGCUACAACUGCAAGCAGCCCGGCCACGAGUCUAGCGCCUGCCCUCUUCCCCGUACCACCGAGACCAAGCAGUGCUACAACUGCCAGGGCCUCGGUCACGUCCAGGCUGACUGCCCCACCCUCCGUCUGAAUGGCGCCAACGGCCGCUGCUACAACUGCGGCCAGCCCGGCCACCUUGCCCGCAACUGCCCCAGCCCCGCUGCUGCCGGUGCUGGUGCCAACGCCGGUCCCGCUGGUGGUGCCCCUACUGGUCCUGCUGGCCGUGGCGCCGGUGGCCCUCGCGGCGGUUUCCAGGGUAAUUUCCGUGGUGGCUUCAGCGGCUACCAACGCACCGCAACCUGCUACAAGUGCGGUGGCCCCAACCACUUCGCCCGUGACUGCCAGGCUCAGGCUAUGAAGUGCUACGCCUGCGGCAAGCUCGGCCACAUCUCGCGUGACUGUACAGCUCCCAACGGUGGCCCUCUCAGCUCCGCCGGUAAGGUCUGCUACAAGUGCUCCCAGGCUGGUCACAUCUCCCGCGACUGCCCUCUCAACGAGGGUGCCGCUAAGCCCGCUGCUGCUGAGGCUUCUCCUGAUGCUGUUGCCGCUGUUGCCCCUGUUGCCGCCCCUGUGCCCACUGCUGAGCCUGCUGCUGAAGCUGCCCCUGUUGUGGCUGCGGCUCCUACCACCGCUGUCGCAUAA